AACAGCUUGUGUACGCAGUGCCCUGCCCCUGUCAAUUGGUGCUUAUGUUAGAGGAUUACGAGUUUACUCAGAAAGAUGAGAUAUUGCCGGAUAUAGGAACCAAGUUCACCCACACUACAUGCUACCAGUCUUGGUUUUUCAGCGCCUAUGGUAUCAAACAAAGAUGCUGCUACAUGUUCAGCAGACUUCAGUCUCAGUAUCCGGGGGCUGUAGCAGCGGAGUUUGAGAACACCACCAUUGCAUCACUCCUCCAGGAAGGCUACUACCAGUGCUGCUCUCCUGAGGGCAGCCAGAAAUACUGUCACUUGUACCAGCAGAUCAAUCCGCCUGAUGACUGCUCCAGAUACACGAUCAGCGAUGAGGUACCUGUAGGAGACAGGAGAGACAGUCCACAGAUUUAA